AUGGCCUUCUCGUCGCUCGCCGACGAGCUCGAGCUCGAGCUCGACCUCGACGCCGGGCCGAGCUCGCACGCGCUGUCGCUAGCGCUCAGCCCGGGCGGGUUUGGCCCGUCCGGCGGGUUGUCGUUGGCCGACGAGUUCGAUGACCUUGACCAUCACGGGGGGCUUGGGGAGCCGCAUAAUGGGCUGGGGUCGCUUGCCCACGAGCUCGACCACGACUUCCACGACGACGACGCCUACCACUACGACGAUGACCACCACGACCACGGCUACGACCCACAUCGUGACUCCCGGACCAACGGGCACGCGCCAGCGCCGUCGCCCCCUCGGCCGCGCUCGCGCGCGCGGGGUACGCGUGCCAACGGUAACGGCGUGAGCAGCCGCACACCAGACGACACGGACGAAGACGACGACGCCGCCGCCUCCCUCCCGCCGCAGUCGAGCAAGGCGAUCGCGGCGCUGCACGACAGCCUGUCCCACUCUGCGCGCUUCGUCGCGCUCCUCCGCGCGCCGGCGAGCGGCGCCGCCGCGCUCGAAGAACGCCUGUCGGCCCACCUCUCCCACCUCGCCGAGGCGGAGCGCGCGCGCGACGAGCAGGUCCGCGAGGCGGGCGUGCUGCUGCGCGAGCUGGAAGCCGUGCGCGGCGAGGGGAUCGACGCGGAUCUGAGCUGGGUCGACGAGCUCGGCCUGGGCGGGGCGCUUGACGAUGAUGGGCCAGCAGGGCCCGGGUGGACGGGCGACCGCGUACCCGGCAACAAGAAGCUCCUCUCGCCCUCACCGCCUGGCUCGCCGCUCUCACCGACCUUUCGCCAGCACGCGGCCGAGGCGGCCGCUGCGUCCCCACUGCCACGCGCCGCGGCCGAGCUGUCGCACGGCACGGCGUCGCUGGCUCGCUCGCUCGCGGGCUUGUCAGACAGCGCGGGGCUCGCGCUCGCGCUGAGCAAUGGCGCCGCGAGGCAGGUACGCGGCGUGCGCAUCGGCGUGAGCAGCUGGCGCGAGCGCGAGGAGACCGAGGCCGAGUGCCUCGCUGGCGUCGAGGCCUGGGAGGCGCGCGCGGCCGCUGGCGAGUUGCCCGAUGUCCGCCGCGUCGCCGACGCGCUUGUCAAGGGGUUUGCCGACAUGCUCGACGACGUCGAGCGGCGGAUGCGCGAGGCCAGGCGGGUGGGGAGCGUUGGGGCUUAG